AUGGUAGAAGGGACCCCAGUAAAGGAUCGUGUUCUAAAGAUGAUUGGUUUUCUCAAUGAGCUAGAGAUCCUUGAAGCUGAAAUCAAUGGGGAAACCCAGGUCGAUAUCGUUCUUCAAUCUCUGCCUGACUCUUUCAAGAACUUGGAUAUUGUAUUGACUGCAGAGGAGUACAAGUAUGUGCUCAUAGAGGUAUGUUCACAGAAACCCGAUGAAGGGGCAACCGAUGAGGAAACCCAGGCUUACUGGAAGUGGAUUAAGGCUAAUGAGAUGGGGCAGUGUUACAUUUUGGCAUCUAUGUCAAAUGUUCUGCAACAUCAGCAUCAGUAUAUGUCUUCUGCAUAUGAUAUAAUGCAGAACCUCACAGAAAUGUUUAGGGAUCAAAAUCGUGCUGCUAGGCAGACUGCUAUGAAAGAACUUAUGAAUACUACUAUAGCAGAAGGGACCCCAGUAAGGGAUCAUGUUCUAAACAUGAUUGGUCUACUCAAUGAGUUAAAGAUCUUUGGAGCUGAAAUCAAUGGGGAAACUUAG